AUGGCGCCCAAGAAGCGUCCAUCAAGCCAGCCCUCGACACCAUCCAAGAAGCACAAGCAGAACCAGAGCCAGUCGUCCCUCACCUCCUUCUUCGUAUCGCCCUCCAAGAAGGCGACCGCACAGGCCAAGACGGAACAGCUCGGCGACCACGGCGCUGGGUCCGGCCCUGACAAGGAGCCAUCCUCAAACCACGCAUCCGACCUCACCCAAGAGGAGCAGGAUGCGCGCUUCGCCGCCGAGCUCGCUGCCGCCGAAGACGGCGUCAGCCCCGCAGAGAUACUCCGCCGAAUGAAGGCCGACGAGGACCUUGCACGGCGGCUCGACCUAGAAUGGACCCAGGCCAAGAACGAGCCCGAGUCGUCGCGGAGCGGCGAGAUAGGUGCCGGCUCGACGCUGCGGAACGACGGCGACUCCCCUCGCAAGCGUCGCCUCGUCCUCGAGGAGCACGAGGACCUCGACAUGUACAGCUCCCCCAGAAAAGUGCCCAAGGACACGACCACUGCCAUCGCCACGCCUGUCUCCGACCUGGCGCAUCCGAAGCCUGAUCCACCCGCCAAGCCGGAGCCCGGCAAGCCGAUAGACCUCGCCGCUCUCGACGCAGCCAUCCAGGCGAUCCCGCUCGGCGACGACAUCUUCGACUUCGACCCCUACGCCAUCGACGUAUCCAGAUGGCCCCGCAUGGCGUACGGCGCCGGCUCGCAGCCCCUGCCGACGACGCCCUACGCGCUGCUGACGCACGCCUUUGUCCAGAUCAGCGCCACGCGCUCGAGGCUCAUCAUCACGACCCUCCUCACCAACCUGCUGCGCGUGAUCCGCGCCCAUGACCCGGACAGCCUGCUCCCCUCGGUCUACCUGAUCUCCAACCACAUCGCGCCGGCCUAUGACGGCGUCGAGCUCGGCAUCGGCAUGUCGAUCGUCACAAAGGCCAUCAAGGAGGUGACGGGCAAGAGCGCGCGCACGCUCAAGAGCCUGUGGGACAAGACGGGCGACCCGGGCGACGUGGCCUACGAGGCCAAAAAGGACGUCAAGGCGCUCGUCAAGCCGAGCCCGAUCACGGUGCAGAAGCUCUUCUCGACGCUCCACGCCAUGGCCCGGCUCUCUGGCUCGGGCUCGGCGACGCAGAAGCUCGGCUACGUCACCAAGCUGCUCGUCGCGAGCCGCGGCGAGGAGACGCGCUUCCUCGGGCGCACCUUUAUCUCGCACCUGCGCAUCCAGGCGGUGCGCACCACGAUCGCCACCGCCCUCGCGCGGGUGUUUGCGCUGGUCGAAGCGUCCGGGCCGCGGCUGGAGCCGGCGACCAAGCGCGAGCAGGAGCGAGCGGCGUUGCUGCUCGUCCAUCCGGAGGAGCGACAGGGCAUUCUGGCCAAUGCGACCAAGCCAAAGGAGCGGUCAGACCCGAGGCGGCUGGCCGUCAUGGACAAGCUGGCCCGAGCCGAGAAGCUGGUUCGCGAGGUACGCGCCCGGCAUCCCAACUUUGGUGUCAUUGUGCCGGCCCUGCUCACGGUCGGCCUCCCGGGCCUGUCGGACCACGUUCCGCUGCGGAUAGGAACGCCGAUCUCGCCCAUGCUCGGAUCCAUCACGCGCUCGCUCGACGCGAUGCACGACAAGCUGGGCCCGCGCGCCUUUGUGUCCGAGUUCAAGUACGACGGCCAGCGGUGCCAGAUCCACGCCGUGUACGUGCCCCGCUCAGCCGGCCCUGAGGCGCGCAAGAGCAUCGUCGAGUCGCACAACAGCGCCGCGGCGAGCAGCGGCAAGUGCGGCAAGUGGGUCGGCAGAGACGGCGAGGUGUACGUGCGCCUGUUUUCGCGCCACCUCGAGGAGAUGACGGAAAAGUACCCGGACAUCAGCGACAUGAUCCCGAUCCUGAUGGGGCGCGAGUCGGAGGACGAGGGCAACUGGGCCGCACCGUUGGGGAGCAAGACCGGCAGCGCGGGCGUCAACGCGGCCGAGCAGGAGAACGGCAAGAUCAGCGAGGUCGCGGACAUCGACGACGGCAAACCUGACGGCGCCGAAGCCGCAUCGGCCGACGUCGAUGAUCGCCCGAAUGACAAGGUUACCUCGUUCAUCAUGGACGCCGAGGUAGUGGCCAUGGGCCUCGAUGGCGAGCUGCUGCCCUUCCAGACGCUGGCCAACCGCAGCCGCAAGGACGUCAGCCUGCACGACAUCAAGGUCAAGGUGGGCGUGUUUGCGUUCGACCUCAUGUACCUCGACGGCGAGUCGCUGCUCAAGACGUCGUUCCGCACGCGCCGCAACCUGCUCCACUCGCGCUUCAAGCCGCUCGCGCCCCGCAGCCCGCUCAUCGCCCGCUUCGCCCACGUGCGGUCGUGCGAGAGCACGGAUCCGGACGACGUGGCGCGGUUCUUCGCCGCGGCGCAGCAGCACAAGUGCGAGGGCAUCAUGGUCAAGAGCCUCGACCACCACUGGGAGACGCCAGCGUCGACGACCGCCGCUGAGUCCGGCGAAGAAGGUGGAAAUGGCAUGCCCCGAGGCGGGCGUGAAACCCCUGGCGAUGUGGACGGGACCGGGCCCGAUCCUGGUGAAGGAAAGCGCCUCGAGAAGCUCGGCGACGUCAUCGAGGACGACCUUGCCGUCGAUCAGGACGGCGUCGAUGACGGCGAGGAAGGCGGCACAACGACGACGGCAACUUCGGCGACGACGUCGUCCUCCGUCGACCUCGGCGCGUCGGCGAUCGGCAAAGGUGUCAAUGGCCGCGGCAAGGCGCUGCUCUCGACGUACGAGCCCGACAAGCGAUGCGAGUCUUGGCUCAAGGUCAAAAAGGACUACGUCGAUGGCCUCGGCGACUCGCUCGACCUGGUCCCGAUCGGCGCCUGGCACGGCAUGGGCCGCAAGGCGACGUGGUGGUCGCCCAUCCUGCUGGCCGUCUACGACGCCGACACGGGCGUCUUCCAGGCGGUGUGCAAGUGCAUCUCCGGGUUCACCGACGCCUUCUACAAGGAUCUCAACGUGCGGUACGCUGAGGGCAGCGACACUUGCGUCCGGGCGCGCCACGGCGAGCCCCCACCGGGCGGGUACGAGUACGACACGGGCAGCCUGGUGCCCGACGUGUGGUGGAGGCCGAGCGAGGUGUGGGAGCUACGCGGCGCCGACAUCACCCUCAGCCCCAACUACACGGCCGCGCUGGGCCUGGUGAGCGAGGAGCGCGGCCUGUCGAUCCGCUUCCCGCGCUUCAUCAAGCGGCGCGACGACAAGGGCGUCGAGCAGGCCUCGUCGCCCCACCAGCUCGCAGCCAUCUACCGCGACCAACAGCGGGCAGGCCCAAAGGCCGCAGUAGACGACAACGUCGAGGACGAGGACGGCGACCGAGAAGAGGCGGCCGUGGCGACAAAGGUCGCGGCACCGGUCGAUAUCGACUUUGAGUACUGA